UGGUGGGGGCCUUGGUCUCAGGUUAUAUAGCGGCAUCAUCGGGUGGUAUAUAAAGCGCUUCUCUGCCGUUGCUUUGCUUUACACCACAUAAUAUAAAACCAUUCACGCAAUAAAUCGGCACGUGCACGAAAUGUCCGUCUAGCAAGUGAUACAAAACAGUGCAAAAAAACUGUAAAAAAGUGUAGUGAUUUAGUUCAGCAAAAUGACUUCCAGUGUCAAACAGACCGUUAUCAAGAACCCAACAUGGUGGAAACGGCGGACGAGCAUGGAGCGGUGUUUGACGCUCCUGACCGCCAUCAGCACCCUCAUCGGCAUCUCCCUGGUGGUGGCGCUCGUCACCGUCUUGUACAACAGGAACCAGGAAGCCCGCACCACUUUCAGCGCCGAGGCCCUACACAGUGCCAACCCGCCGGCCGUCGUGAACGCCUUCACCGAAGAGGCCAAGACCUGCCUCACCCCCGGUUGCAUUCACACCGCCUCCACGGUCCUCAAGUACAUGGACCCCAGUGUGGACCCCUGCGAUGAUUUCUACCAAUUUACCUGCGGGAAUUUCCUCAAAACCACCAACAUUCCCGAUGAUAAAUCCUCGGUUACCUCGUUCAGUCUUAUCAGUGAUACGCUGCAAGAGCAGUUGAGGACAAUGAUUGAGGAGCCGAUCAAGCCGGACGAGCCUAAACCGUUCCAAUUGACGAAGAAGUUGUACAAGGCUUGCAUGAACAAGACACUGAUUGAGAAGGAUGGGCUGAAGACCAUCAGGACGAUUUUGAGGCAGUUGGGGGGAUGGCCGGUCCUUGAGGGAGACGAUUGGAGUGCAGGGGAGUUUGACUGGAGGCGGUCCGUUUAUAGGUUCAGGAGGAUGGGCUACAGCGUCGAUUAUUUCAUCGAUUUUUCGGUCGGAAUCGACUUGAAAAACUCCACGCGGAGGAUCAUCGAUCUGGACCAAGCUUCCCUCGGCCUCCGCCGCGAGUUCCUCACCAAAGGCUUCUCCGACAAGCUGGUGAACGCCUAUUACGAGUACAUGGUGGACAUCGCCGUCCUCUUCGGAGCGGACAAAGAGCGCGCAGCUGAAGAACUCAAAGAGUCGCUCUUGUUCGAAAUGCGCUUGGCUAAUAUUUCCCUCCCGAGCGAGAAAAGACGCAACGCUACUGCACUUUACAAUCCCAUGACAAUCGACGAGCUCCAGCGCAAAUUCCCGAGCAUCCCUUGGGUGGAGUACAUGAAUACACUCUUAGCUCCAGACACACAAAUCACCCACGAUGAAAUCGUAGUGGUUAGCGUCCCGAAAUAUUUGACAGAUUUCGAAGCCCUGAUCAGCCGAACCCCCAAGAGAGUCCAAGCGAACUAUGUCAUGUGGCGAGCUGCAGCCUCGUCAGUGUCAUACCUCACGGAGGAUUUGAGGAAACGACAACUGGAAUACACCACUGUGGUGACCGGACGAACCGAACGCGAGUCCAGGUGGAAGGAAUGCAUCGAUAUCUCGGCCGGAAGCUUGUCCAUAGCUGCAGGUGCCCUGUACGUCCGGAAGUACUUCAACGAGCAAGCGCGCCAAAACGCCCUGGAGAUGGUGUCCGAUAUCAGGGCCGAAUUCCAGGAUAUCCUCAAAAACGUGGACUGGAUGGACCCCGAAACCAAGAAAAAUGCCCUGGAUAAGGCCAAGUCCAUGUCCACUCAUAUCGCAUAUCCUGAUGAGCUUCUGGACGAUAGAAAACUCGAAGAGUUUUACGGUGACCUGGAACUGGACGAGAACUACUAUCUGAGGUCUAUCCUUAAUUUGACGUUGUUUGGAACCCGAUUUUCGUUCAAGAGGUUGAGGCAACCGGUCAAUAAAACCGACUGGAUCACCCAUGGCAGGCCUGCCGUUGUCAACGCGUUUUAUUCGGCUUUGGAGAACAGCAUUCAAUUCCCUGCUGGCAUCCUGCAGGGUGUCUUCUUCGACGCAAACCGUCCCCGUUACAUGAACUACGGGGCGAUCGGUUUCGUAAUCGGCCACGAAAUCACUCACGGCUUCGACGACCAGGGCCGCCAGUUCGACAAAAACGGUAAUUUGGUGGAAUGGUGGGCCCCUGAGACGAAAAAAGCCUACUUGGAGAAGGCACAAUGCAUCAUCGAUCAGUACGGGAAUUACACAGUCCCUGAGCUGAAUAUCAAUUUGAAUGGCAUUAACACUCAGGGAGAGAACAUUGCCGACAAUGGCGGUAUUAAGGAGGCGUAUUUAGCUUAUAAUAAAUGGGUUGAACGAAACGGUGAAGAAGCACAAUUGCCCGGCCUUAAUUAUACCGGUCGGCAGUUGUUUUGGGUAUCGGCGGCUAGUAUUUGGUGCUCGAAAACGCGCGAGGAGGAGUUAGAACAGUUGGUUAUAACCGAUGAACAUGCCCCUGACAAGUACAGGGUUCUAGUUCCUUUAACUAACAUGGAGUAUUUUGCUAAAGAUUUUAACUGUCCCAAAGAUUCAAAAAUGAAUCCGCAACAUAAAUGUCAAGUAUGGUAGCUUUAAUUUAUUGACUGAUUUUUGAAUUUUACGAGUGAAUCUCUGACUAGUACUUAAUUUCGUUGCGCUGACUAGUUGUAAAUAGAUAGGUGUAGCUUUUGUGAUUGUUUAUUAAUAAAUUUUUUACCUACAUGGGGGUCUUGUGUAACAUUUUUUUGUGUACAUAGAGGCGGGUUUAGUAGUGGUUUGGUAGCUUAUAGGCCUUGAAUAACGCCGUCGUGUCCACUUCCAGCUCAACGGAAUUAACACUCAAGGAGAAAAUAUCGCCGAUAAUGGUGGUAUCAAAGAGGCCUAUUUGGCCUACAAUAAAUGGACACAACGGCACGGCAUUGAGAAAACCCUCCCUGGACUCAAAUACACCCCAAAUCAGAUGUUCUGGAUAUCAGCCGCAAACACAUGGUGUGCGAAAUACCGGCCAGAAUCAUUAAAAUUGCGAGUUUUGACCGGAUAUCACUCGCCCGGCUACUUCCGGGUCAUUGGUCCUUUCAGUAAUUUAGACUAUUUUGCCAAAGAUUUUAGUUGUCCACUAGGCUCGAAAAUGAACCCGAAAAAGAAAUGUAAAGUUUGGUAAUGUGAUAGCUAAUCAGCGAGCUCCACACGCCAGGUUGUGAUUGGCAAUGAGCUUUGUGCCACGUCGUGGAAACUAAUUUAAGUUAUUUAAUUUCUAGUAUAAGUGUAUCUUUUUAUGUUGUGACUUGCUACUGAAUAAAACAUUUUUAAAA